GGUAACAGAAAUCGUAGAGAUUGGUUAUUUUAAGCAACAUUAUGGCUUUAGCGCAACACCGCCGAUUGACAGGUGGCAGAUUUACAGAAGGUGGUGGGAGCAAACGUGGGAAGGGAAUUGGUAUGCUAUAAUUACAAUUAUUAUUUUUUUGUGCCCGAGCUUGAGAAAAAUACGCUGUAAGAGACGGAACGGUGUUCUCCCAAGCGACGGGGAAGAAAACUAUAUCGAGUGGUUCUUUAGAGUUGUCAGACACAGCCAACAAGCAAUGCGAGACGGAGCCAUACGAACAAAGCCGCGGGCUUUGUUAGAGGAACAGGGCCCAAAGAGCAUGGCACCGUUGCUCCCUCACCUUCGGCACGGAAGGUUUACAUUCAAGCCGGAAUGGGGACACCCCAGCGAUGGGGUAAAGUUAGAGCUACUUCUGUUAAUACAGACGCCAUCAGUCGAGUCACUACACCUCAAUGGCUUCGUACAACUUACCCAGAUUAGGCUCGACUUCCUGUCAGGCCUAAAGACUCUCAUCAUGGAACAAUGUGUUUGUGAGGCAAGAGUAGUUGGGUGUAUUCUCCGGGCAAGCGUACGCCUGGAGAAUUUCUCAUACGUGCAUGGACACGAUAAGGCCACUACCAGCAAGUUUGACCCACAGUUGAUGAUGGAAGGUCUGUUGUGCUUGACAGGAUCAUUGAGGCAGCUGCGUCUUACAGGGGGCAGUCCUUUAGCCAUCGAGUCGAACUCCGCGAGAAAUUCUAGGCUAGGAUCUCUUGUGGACUUUACUGUCCUCACCCACCUCGUUCUCCCGGCGGAGUUUCUAGUUGGAACGGCAACAGGAACUGGCCAAUGGGAUCUAGAACUGUGGAAGCUUGUUCCCCGAUGUCUCGAGUAUCUGCUUAUUGGUAGACUCGAAAAUGAAGUGAUGUUGGCCUUCGCCCAGCAGGAGGUACUGGAGUUGGUUAAGAGAAAGUCGAUUGUUGCCCCUAAACUGAAUCGCAUUAUCCUGCAGAAUAUCAGUCCUGUCGACGCAGACGGCGGUGCUCUAAUGCUCCUGAAGGAAGCAUCUAGAGCAAAUCAGGUCUGGCUCAGCAUCUAUUACGGCAAACAAUCCGACGACGAUGCCAUCUGGCUAUCAUUGGAUUUUGGAGCUUUAGGGAUUCAUAAGAACUACGAUUAGUAUAUAGGUUAUCGCCAAACCACCAGCUGAGCUCGUUGUCCAACAGGCAGCCCAACUUCUAAUUUGAGUCCACACCAUUCACAACGAAGGAGAACAGGGAUGGGAAACUGCCAACAAGCAC